UGUAAUUAUUAUUUUCAAGACAUUUCCAUUUUAUUUCGUUUCCUCGAAAUUUUAUUCCGCAAAAAAUUAAUUUUAAUAAGAUUUUUUGUUUGUACAAUACAACCCACCGGUAUGGACGACAUAUUCAGCUUAGUUAGGGAUGGUAAUGCAUUCCAAGUUAGGAUAUGGCUGGAUAACACUGAGAAUGAUCUGAACCAAGGGGACGGCCAUGGAUUUAGCCUUCUACAUUGGGCAUGUAUGGAGGGCAAGACAAACAUAGUAGAGAUGCUACUAAACCGUGGGGUGCGGGUCAAUGCCACGAACAUGGGGGACGACACUGCCCUUCACCUGGCUGCGGCCCACGGUCAUCUUGAUAUUGUCUUGAUGCUGCUGCAGAGCAAGGCAAACGUGAGUGUGGCCAACGAACACGGCAACACUCCCCUACACUACGCCUGCUUCUGGAACUUUGAAAGAGUUGCAGAGGAGCUGGUUAAGAACAACGCCCCCGUCAACAUUGAGAAUAAAUUCGGUGAAACGCCUUUGGAUAAAGCAAAAAUAUCUCUGGCACAUGAAUUGGCCGAAAGGGCUAGGUCCAUGGGGCAGGACAUGCAGAGGAUUGAGUAUCGAGACAGAAGCUGGCUCGGCUACAAAACCAGGACCAAGGAUGCCACAUUGUCGAGACAUUCGGGGAUUGAUUUGGAUCAGCUGAACAUCCAAUCUAGGAUAUCUGCCAACAAAGCUGCUGAGUUAUGGCGCGGAACAUGGCAAGACAGCGAGAUAGCAAUCAAGAUUUUGAACAUCAGACAGUGCACUGCCAGAAUGUUUCGAGAUUUCAAGGAUGAAUGUUCAAAAUUGAGAAUCUUCAACCACCCGAACGUCCUGCCACUGUUGGGGGCAUGCAACCAGCCCCCUAACCUCGUCCUCGUCAGUCAGUACAUGCCCCUGGGGUCACUCUUUGAUGUCCUCCACGCCGAGUCCGGUAUAGUGGUAGACCAGCACCAGUGUCUGAACUUUGCCCUGGACAUUGCUCGGGGCAUGGAAUUCCUCCACACGAUGGACCCACUCAUCCCUAACAUCCAUCUCAACAGUGGACACGUUCUUAUUGAUGAGGACUUCACAUGCCGGAUAAACCUCUCCAGCUACAAAUUCUCAUUCCACCAGAGGGGUAGGGAGAUGUAUCCAGCCUGGAUGGCCCCUGAAGCUCUGCAGAAACCACUGUCAGAUAUAAAUCAGAGGGCAGCCGAUAUGUGGAGUUUCGCCAUCAUUCUCUGGGAGCUGCAAACUAGGGAUGUACCUUUUGCUGAGUUGUCCCCAAUGGAAGCCGGGAUGAAGAUUGCUCUAGAGGGCCUGAGGGUGUCGACAUCGACAGCCGGAAGUUCGGCCCACAUGGAGCGCCUCAUCAAGAUAUGCAUGAACGAGGAUCCGGGCAAGAGGCCCAGAUUCGAUAUGGUAGUCCCUAUCCUGAACAAGAUGAAGAUUUCUGGAUCGUGA